AUGGAGGAAAACAAUGAUCGGCGUAUGGCUGUUGGCCGAAAGAAAUUUGAAUGUCCAGCGUGGAACCAUUGCAGUGCUUGGGACAGGAAAAGGGACAAUGACAAAGAGUUACACGAUGCAAUAGCGUCCACUUCUUGCAAAGGCAUGCAGCUCGUUAACGGAGGGAAGCCAAAAAAGCCGAAAUGUUGGGAAAGACAAGGUCUUGCAUCAAUAGAAGAUUUUAAAAUGGCAUCCGGUGGCGAGAUUGUCAAGGAAAUGAAGCAGGUUGUUAUAGAGGAAAGUAAUUCCAAGGACGCUGAUGGUAAUAGCAAUGCUGCAGCGGCAGUUCAGAAUGUGGAGAAGUAUCGAAACGAUAUCUUGGCAAUA